AUGACUAACCCGAGCAUUGCAAUGCUCAUACCAACGCUGUUGUACUUGGGAGUGGAUGUGAUGUUAAUGGGCGGCCAUUUUACAAAGUUUUUCGUUGGUUGCACACGAGGGAUCGAGGUUGUCGGCUACGUCAUGAUGGGCAGUUCCGUCUCCAGCUGCAUCUCAUCCUUCCUGAUUGGUCGGCUGAUGAAGUGCGUCAGCAGGUUUGCACUCUUCAUCGUUGGGGGCGCUACUUACCUGCUGGUACUAGUUUUCAUGUUGGUCUGGGACCCUGACCAGGGCAGAUUGUGGCAUCUCGUUCUGAUGGCUGUGGCGGUUGGCUUUGCAAGAGCAAGCAUUGCUACGAUAAGCUCAACUCUUUUGGGAAUGCUGUUUGUAUGUCAACAAGAGGCAGCGUUCGGCAAUCUGUGCUUCUGGCAGUCCCUGGGCGCCGCCGCCAUAUUGGCCCUUGGUAUCCCACAAUCCAUGUGUGCCUACCACGUGAUCUCAAUCGUCAUAUGCAUCCUCGUGUUCGCCCUGGGCAUGUACUGUUUGCUGGAGCUGCGAUUGAAGCGAGAGCGGACACCAGGCGAGAAGAAGCCCGAGAAGAAGGCUGAGGGGAAAGAAAUGACGACAGAAAUGUUGGCUAUUGCAGAGCCGACCAACAACGAAAUAUCAAUCGACUGA